CUCUCUCUGUCGCACACACACACAAACAGCGCAAGCAGGCAGGCAGCCUUCUCACUACAGCCAGCGCUACUUGGAGCCGCAGUCACAAGCAGCAUCCCAUGCCUUUCACCUGCUUGGGAGUAAAACACGCGUCCAGUCCGUGAAGCAGCCACGAAGGGCAGGAGCACCGAGGCGUCCGGGUAAACAUGUUGGAAAAUGGGAGGAAAGUGUUCAAGGAGGGUCUGCUGGAGAAACGGAGCGACGGGCUGCUGCAGCUCUGGAAGAAGAAACACUGCGUCCUGACCGAGGACGGCGUGCUGCUGCUGCCGCCCAAGCAGCACGACCACCAGCAGCAUCACGGCGGCGGCGGGGACGCGGGCAAAGUCAAGGAGCUGCACUUCGCCAACAUGAAGACGGUGGACUGCGUGGAGCGGAAGGGUAAAUACGUGUACUUCACGGUGGUCAUGACGGACGGGAAGGAGAUUGACUUCAGGUGCCCGCAAGACGAGGGCUGGAACGCAGAGAUCACUCUGCAGAUGGUCCAGUACAAGAACCGGCAGGCGAUCCUGGCCGUCAAGUCCACCCGGCAGAAGCAGCAGCUGCUCGUGGUGCAGAUGCCCGGACAAAAGACCGUGCGCAGCUCUCCGAACGUAGCGUGACCUGCGGCGAGUCCCGCGGACACUGGUGCACGACUUGCGGUUAACUGGACACUCAGCUGGUGGAUGAAUCUGAACCCGAGGUGCAUCUCCCCCUGCCGCUUCCCUACCGAGCCUCCAUUCUCCAGGAGAACCCCUCUUCCAUGCAGUGGUUUCCACAGACCUGCGCCUCGCCCUUUUUCAGUACAGAGACUUGUUUCACAAAAGACUCAUGGACAAAAAGCAUGUGAGAAAAAAGAGCUGUGUUCUACCACGCGAUGGGUUUAUCUCUUAUUUAUUAGAAGUGUAUAUAUAUUUUCUAUAAAAAUGCUACGUUGUUGAUAUAUGGAAGAGGAAGGAGUGACUUUGAGGUUCAUAGCCUACAAGGCCAUUGGAAAUAAGCUUGCUUAUGUAUUAGGAUGGAUAUCGUAGGUUAGCCAAACCAGUUCAUUAUUAGUAGAAUGUGUCAUUGUCCAUUGUUUUAUUUUUCAACUGAACCAAAGACUCAUUUCAAAACAAUUAUCUUUUUUCUGUUGUGCAGUGUUAUAACUCACAAUACUGAAGAUCUGUGGAGAGUCUACAAGUUGAGAUACCUGCUCAGUAUAUACAAACAUUAUUUUCUGCUCUUCAUUUGUAUAGCGGCAGUAUAUGGGAGUGUUUUAUGGUGUAAAUCGAUCAUAAUUUGUUUUUUUGCUGCAUUCAUAGAUACAGAAGCUGUCUGAUAUCUUUGCUUUAUGUGAGUCUUAAAACUGAAGAAGAUGCUAGCUUAUUACACUUAGCUGGUUUUCAGUGGUUACAGAGCAGAGCUUAGUAACAGCAGAAGAUUAUUAGUGCAAAGUAAAGUGGAUUUGUGUGCGUGUGUGUGUGUGUGUUACAACACCAGUUUGCAGAAUCCGAGCUGCAAUCUGAGACAUGUUCAGUGGUUGUGUUAAAUCUUUUCUGGCAUGGCUGAAACACAGAGAAGGAAAACUUAAAGGCAUAGCAGACAGUCCUAAUGUUCUCAAAGUUGUGUGGAAUCAGAAAUUGUAAAGCUUCUGGUGUUGAGUUUUACCGUCCUGUUUUACCACCAAGUUAAAUAGCUGCCAUUUUUACCAAGUCUUUGCAGGGAGCUCAUGUGGCUUUUAAGUUAUAUUAAGUUUCUCACCAGCUUCUGAAAUUUCAGGUUCAUAGGAAAUCCAAGUCCUUAUUACUUGGCGAAUUAAGUGACUUUACAUAAGCAUGAUUGGGUUAAUAGUCUUACUAUAGCGAUUGUAGUAUAUCUGUAUGAACCCUACCUCCUCCUUCAGGGGCGGGCCGAUCUGAACGAAACUUUGCACAGACAUCGUCACUCAUACAGAGAUUAUUGACAUUUAUACAUUUAAAAAAAAGACUUAUUUUAAAUGCCAGGUCUUUUGAUUUUCAUAUUCAUAGUCUCCUCAAAUGCAAUGUUACCUUCUCCGCUUGCAAUAUGUUUCAUGUGUCACGUUAAACCUCUUUCUGUCAGAAACUUUGUUCAAAUCACUGCUAAAGAUGGAGAAAUUGAAAAAAGUGCUGCAGGCCCAGGUUUUGAGUAGUUCGCUGUGAUACUUACUGUCAGUAAGUAAUGUAUCAGCAAGCAUUGUAGUUGUACAAAUGUUUCUCUAAUGUCCAUGUUGCACAACAAAAUAUUGUGGCAUUUAGACCUGAUAGGUUUUGUUUUCCCAGUUAGCUGUAUUUUGAUAGAAGUUUGUGAAUUUAAGCCAGCCAGCCAUCUGAGUAAAGCUAAAGCACUGUUGUUCGCUGUGCUAACAGACAUUUAUCAUGACCACUGAGAUUCUUUCUGUCUCUGUAGCAGCUCUGAGAAAUGUUUGUAAAACCACAACACUCGUUUGUAAAGUUUUAAUAGGCAUGGCAUACUUUUCAUGUGAAAGCAAACAGACUGAUAAUACACGGUGUGGUACAUGGCAACAUUUACAGGGACAUGCUGGGUAAUGGGCUCAGAAAUGUCCUUUAUUGGUUUUCACGAUGGAGGAAUUUCGUGCUGUCAGGAAACAUUUUCUCUCACUGUGGCUCAUGUCAUUUCCUGUUAGCUGGCAGUUUCCCUCUGCUGUCCCCACUUGCCAGCGUAUCACCGGCAGACCAGCACAUGUCUCCGUGUUGUUGUCAUCUCCCACACAGGGUCACAGCUUUGCCCUUUAUCUAAUGCAACUGGUGUGAUGCUUCUCUGACAUUCCUUCCUGUUGCCAUCAUUACACACACAGUUAUAGCUGUGCCCUUUGUAGCCACUGUUCAAUUUCUUAUUUCAACGUGAGAUCUAUUUUCAUACCUCGAUACAAGAUACAUUCCAUUAAAAAAAACAAAAAACAACAACAAAAAAACAAAAAACAAAACCAAACUCA